UAACGCCACAACCUGAGGUCACUAUCCUCAAGGGAUGCUGUGGCUCAGUGUCGCGACGCACGCGCAGCGACGCACGCGUCUUCAAAGCUAUCAGCGAUAACCAUAAUGUUACAACACGUUCUUUUUCUGGCGGUUUUUCUUCUCUUCGGGAGGAAUGCGGUCGACUCAGCGAAACAAGAUGUCCGCGUCUCCGACUCUUACCUGCCCGUAGCCAUGCAGAUCAUUGCUCAUCUUACUGACCAGAUGUCUUUUGAAAUGAAAGACGAGGUUCCUAUAAAAACUACUACAACACACAAACCAUUAGAUAUUACAACACCAUUCCACAAACCUGGCCUGUAUUCACCAUCAUCACCACCAAAACCUUCAGACCGUAUUUCCCCUGACAAGAACCUCAUAAAAUCCCAUCAAUUUGUCCUCCUCCCUAUCGAGCAGCAUCAAUACAGCCUGAUCAAACCUCAAGGCACCAAGUCAGAUGGACACCUUCUCGCAGCUCAUAAUGAAGAGGUGAAUCCUAUUGUGGAUCCAGCACCAAAUGACCCACAUUUACUGCCACCAUAUGAUGAUUUGAAGGUCUCCAGCCGUUCUGAUGAUUUUGAUGAAGAGAACUUGCAGUAUCUAUCGGCAAAUGUCAGGGAAAUGAUAAGAAUGGCCAAUGAUCCAGAUGAUGAUAGGAUUGUAGAUGUGUGGGAAGGUCUCAGAGUGAAUCCAGCGGAACCUUCAUCUAAAGGCAAAUUGUCAACGUCUAAUUUGAGACUGUUACUUCUGUACGAUCUACUGAGCAGAGAAGCUAAACGUCAGAGGCUGUCUGAUUACAGUGGUUUCUCGCCUGAAGUUAUGAAGUCUCUUGCGGAGUCAUCUAGCGGUGGUGCGCGGGCGCAACUCAGCAUGGCUCUCUCCAAGAUGGUAGAUCGACACGACUGCGGCCAUGAUUACGCUAACAACAGAUCCAAAGAGAUGGUCGCUGAGUUGGCGAAGGAUGAAUCCACUUUAUCAGCAGCUCUAAGAUACUUACAGCCACUUGUUUAUAAGCUUUAGAUUUUUCAAAUAGUUAUACAUACUUUUUGUAUUAAAAAGUGUUCCAAUUAAAAAAAAAAAAAUCUAUGAUUGUAAUGUAACAACGCUACAGCCCAAUCCAUAAAUUAAUCUUAGUUUCUGAAAUUGUAGUAAUCUGUUUUAUUUCUUCGAUAAUAUGAAGAACGAAAUGAUAUGUAUUGUGAUGAAAAUUUCUGGUCGUCCAAGAAAACUCAAAACUCUGAUGAAGAGGUAUUUAUCUCGUAACACAUGAUAGUAAUAGCGUUAUUUUCUCUAGAUUGUAAACAAAUGCCAUAUGUUAUACGAUAGUUUAAGAAAUCUCUCAUUUUUGUCAAUUAUUUGAAACGCAAUCUUUUACAUAGAGUGAUAUUUAGUAUGUAUUCAUAUUCAUACUUAGAUUGUUUAGUGGUCUUAUGUAUAUAAUAAGUGUAUUUUCUAACAGUUUUACAAAUAAAUACAGCUGAGUAUACUUAA